AGUCAUUACAUUUUUUCUUUGCGCUUUGUCAGUUGGACGUGCGGGUCAGUCUGAGAGUUACAUCAUGAAGAUAUUAGUGUUAACAAUCGGAAUUUUGUUGUGUCAAGUUACAAAUGUCAGCUGCCUUGAAUUUUUUCAAAUUGUGAUGUCAAAAAUUAAUGAAUUCGCGGACACGGUAGUUAAAAGUUUCCAAGAUUUUGGAGCAACAGUAAAAUCGUUUAUGUAUGGCGAUACACAUCGUAAUACAAAACCGGUCCAUAGUCAAGCCAUACCAUACAACAAAUUGAAAACAGAAAGAUAUCCUGAAAAACAUUAUCCUACCCUGAGGACAGAUACGGAACCCACAACUUUAUUAUCAACACCACAAUUAGCCGCACUACACGGAAAAAAGGUAGAAUCGCAUGUUAUAAGUACAAAAGAUGGCUAUCUCUUGACUUUGCACAGGAUUGUUUUAGAUCAAUCCUUAGAUACAUUCAAUAACACGGUUUUGCUUCAUCACGGGUUGCUAGGAAGUUCUGCCGAUUGGAUUUUAUUGGGUGCUAACAGAUCACUCCCGUACAUCCUAUCUAAUUAUGGAUAUGAUGUGUGGAUGAUAAACACAAGAGGAAAUUACUAUUCUCGUGGACACAUAGAAAUGAAAGUGGAUUGUGCAGAGUAUUGGAGUUUCUCCUUUCACGAAAUGGGAGUUUAUGAUUUAAGAGCAACUGUAGAAUAUAUUAGAAAAAUAAAAAACAACACUGAAAAAAUUAACUUUAUUGGUCACUCUAUGGGUGCUUCAGCAUUUUUAGUUCUUGUGUCGACUCUUCCGAUGUAUAAUGAGUACUUCAGGAUAGCAAUUUUUAUAGCUCCUUUAGUGUAUUUGAACAAUAUUAAAGGUCCUCUUAAGAUGACUACUACAAUAUUUAGUGAGAUAAAAGAUGGAGAGUUUUUUUCUCAACGCAAGAUACCAAAAGAUGUAGCUUCACAUUUUUGUGAAGGUUUAAACAUCUUUUGUUCGAAUCCUUUAUUUUUUUUAAGUGGGUUACCAAGUCAUAAAGACUGGAAUGAUAGUUUUAUAUCAACAUUAAUCUACCACAUUCCAGCAGGUGGCUCAACAAAUACUAUUAAACAUUACCAACAAAUGGCUGCAAGCGGUAGAUUUCAUAGAUUUGGUGAUAUGUUUGCAGAAUAUCCAUUAUCAGAAGUAACCGUGCCCAUAGCUAUGUUAAGUUCUACUGACGACUGGAUAGCUACUGCUCCAGAUGUUUUAAAACUAUUUUAUACUAUUAUGACACCGGUUGAUAACUAUGUUAUUCAUGGCAGAAAUAUAAGUCACACAGAAUUUUUAUGGGGUCCAAGAGCUGAUACAGUGGUAUUUCCGAGAUUGCUUGAAUACAUGAAAAAUGGCACAAAUUUUAGUUCAAUGUCUAAAAAUGAGAUUCAGUUAAAUGAUACAAAUUUUGAAGCCAAUGGAGUGGGAUCAAUGUUAAAUUACUAAGCAAUUUUGACAGCUCAUAAAAUUGUAUUUGCAAACUUUUUGUAAUGUUAGAUAUGCUUAACCAGUUUAUGGAUUUCUUAAAUGGGUUAAAGAGGAAUAGAGCUCAUUUUGUAAUGUAAUGUAUAUGAGCUCUCUUUUCCACUGUUUUAUUCAUUAUAUUUAUAUUUAUAUUUAUAUCAACUAAGAUACUAAUGAUACUAAUGAUAAUUAGGGAUUUCAAAUAAUCCAUUCUUCUCAUUAUAAUACGCAAUGCAUGCUAUGUAGUCUCGUUUAUACUACAAAUAUUUUCUAUUUUGAACGGCUGAGUUUAAUAACAGGUUAUAUUAUAUUUAUACAUGUUAACCUACUUAUAAGCAUUCUUUAUUUAGGUAUAUAAAAUUUAUAAUUUAGUUUAUACUCAUAUUUCAAACAUUUGUUUGUCAGAUACACAUAUGACUUAAAUUUUCAUUAUCUCUUGUUACCAAUUUAUUGGUUAAUUAAUAUUGGAUCUUCUUUCUGUUUUUUUAUUAUCUGAAUCAAAUCGUUCUUUUGCUUUUGAAUUUCCUGCUGGCAUUUUGUAGAAUAUUUAAAUUACAUUCAUUACAUGUAUUACAACAAUUUGAUCCACACUGUAACUAAUAGUGUGUAAUAGUUUAGUGUUGUUUUACAGAUUUCGACAAAUGCUGCGAAUAUUACUCUCCACUCACGACCGGUGAAGUUGUCAUUGUUUAAAAGUACUUACAAACCUAAUAAUACGGUCCUUGCCCCGACUACAGUAAAAUUGACGGAUAAAUUACUAAGAUCUACUAUAAAAAAUAAAUCUGGCAAACGGAAUAUUACAGUGGUAGUUGGGACAGUAAGUGCAUCUGAUAAUAUAUUUGUGUCUACAAUGAAAUACGAAUCAGACAAACGUAAUAAGACAGAACCUAGAGAAGCCUCUGGAAGGGCUCUAGAAGGCCUUUCUACAAGUGGUAUACUAUAUGUCUCUGAUAAUAUAACCACGUCUUCAAUACAAAAUGAAUCUGCUGUAUCAGUACCUAUUGCUGAAAAUGUAUUAAAUAAUUUAUUAAUAUCUGCUGUAAAAAAUAUAUCUGCCGUACCAGUAACUACAACAGAAAGUAUAACUAAUAAUUUAGUCAUAUUGACUGUACAAAAUAAAUCUAUUCAAGCAGCACCUACUGCAAAAAAUGUAUCUAAAAAUUUAAUUAUAUCUGACAUACAAAAUAUAUCGGCUAAACCAGUAGUAACUACAGAAAAUGUAUCUAAUAAUUUAGUCAUAAUGGCUAUACAAAAUAAAUCUACCGCACCAGUGGUUACUACAGAAAAUGUGUCUAAUAAUGUAGUCAUAUCCACUAUACAAAAUAAACCUUUACAACAUU